GUUGGAAGGCCUAUACCUUGGUGGUAUUUAUAAGCACCAAGGUAGUAAUAAUCAUCGACCAGAUUGUGGUGAUAUGCCAGUGGAGAAAAUCGGUGUAAAUAUAACGGUUAACAGUCAGUCAAAAGAUGUGUCCUGUAAUAACUCGUACGAUAUGUUUGAUAAGUAUGGCAAUCGUAAGGUGACACCAGCUGUUUGAAUGCAAUCGCAAUGGUGUGUGGGUGGGCGAGUGGCUUUAAUUGUGCAUUAAAUUAACUAAAUUUGAAUUAAAUUAACUUAAUGAUGCAUAAAAUUGGCUAAAUUAUGAGCAGAAUUUGUUAAAUUAUUUCACAAUUUAGUUAAUUUUGUGAAUAAUUAACUAAGUUUAGUUAACUAUUGAUCUAAUUUAGUUCAUAAUUUAGAAAUAAUUAAUGA